AUGCAUCUCUCUACAUUUGUGGGCAUUAUCGCUCUUGCGGAGCGAGCGUUGACAAGCUCGUUGCAAUGCAAAUGCGCUCCCAAUGAUGCUUGCUGGCCGCCCGUUACCGAGUGGGACUCUCUGAAUACAACUGUCUCGGGUCGUCUAAUUGAAACGAUCCCCGUCGGGUCGGUCUGCUAUCCUUCCGAACCAACAUAUGACGCCGAAGCUUGCGCUGCUGUUCGUACCAACUGGACUACCUGGCCAUUCCACUCGGACAACUCGGUAAGCACUGGUAACCCCGAUUGGGAUGAUGCAUGUACCCCUAUCUAUGCCAAUGGAACCAGUGUGACCGCCAAUGUCGAUGCUGGAAAGGAAGGCUGCUCAAUUGGAAACUAUCCGCCAUAUGUGGUCAAUGCUACACAAGUCCAUCAUGUCCAAGCUGCUGUUAAAUUUGCCAAGAAGUGGAAUUUGCGACUUAACAUCAAAAACACCGGUCAUAGUGGCUGGCGAAGUAUCGCUUAUGGAAGUCUGUCGAUCUGGACACACCACAUGAAGAGCUUUGAAUUCCAUGACAAAUUCAAACCAGAAUCGUGUCAGAAAGAGGAAUCUACUAUGGCUGCAACUUUAGGCGCCGGGAUUCAGGACGGAGAGUUAUUUGCCAAUAUGGCGAAGCAUGACGCAAUCGCAGUUGGAGGCGAGAACGCGGACGUUGGUGUCGUCGGAUGGGCAACAGGCGGUGGGCAUGGCCUCGCCACCGGCACAUACGGUAUGGGAGCAGAUAAUAUUGUCGAAGCUACCGUUGUCACGCCCGAUGGGAGGGUACUCAAAGCAAACGCGUGUCAGAAUCAGGAUCUUUUCUGGGCUCUUCGUGGAGGAGGCGGCGGCACGUUCGGUGUCAUCACAAGCCUUACCGUCAAAGCUUACAAGAUGCCGUCUGUGACGCUUGCGAUGAUCAACGUUGGCGCUAAAAACUCUACCUCUACCAAAUCCUGGUAUCAGCUCGUCGCGCAGAUGCACACACAGUUUCCCCGACUGCAGGAUGCAGGGUUGCACGGAUAUUACACCAUGUCUGGGUCUCCGAAGUCGAUAACUGUGACCCUCCUACAGUACAAUAAGCCGAAUACGACCAGCAUCUUGAGGCUUAGUGAACCAUUAUUGGAGGUUCUGAACGCUGCCAACUCAUCCGCAACACAUAGCUUCACCACUGAAUGGGUGCCUUCUUGGUAUACUCUGGUGGAACAUGUUCCCAUGUCUGGCAGCACCGGCUCCUCGCACAGUGCUACCGCAUCUCGAUUGAUUCCUCGCCGCGCACUGGAAAAUGUUGACUUGCUCGCCGAUGUGCUCGAAACAGUGACGUCCCCUGAUAAUGUGCCUAUUGGCGUCUCGAAGCCUUCAAUCUCAGGAACAAUGACAGCCAGCAAAGAGCCUGUUGACAAUGCUCUUAACCCUGCCUGGAGGGAAACAGCCGUUCACCUCAUCGCAAGUCGAUCUUGGGAUGAUUCCGUUUCCGAGGAUGUCGCAAACCAGGUCACUGAGGACAUGACCUUCAAAAGAGGAUACGCACUGCGCCAGCUUGCCCCGGAUGCUGGAGCUUAUUUCAAUGAGGCCAAUUAUCACGAGCCCAACUGGCAGUGGUCCCUGUUUGGGAACAACUACCCCCGUCUUCAUUCGAUCAAAAAGGUAUAUGACCCCGAAAGCGUGCUUUGGUGUCAUCAUUGUGUCGGUAGUGAAGAAUGGGCGCUGCAAGACAAUGGCAGCUUGUGCCAGACCUUCUGA